GACAGAUUUAGAGAAAGACAGAGACUCAGAAAGUGAGCGAGAGAGAGAGAGUGAGAGAGAGAGGCUGAAGGUUGGGGAGGGAUCAGGGUCAGGACUCGGCAGUAAGAGGCUCGGAGUCUCACCGCGCGGAUCAGCUCUCUGGUGGGAAUUAGCGAAAUUAACUAAAUUAUAGAAAUUAUUAUUAUUCUAUCCCUCAGACUCGCCGCCUCUCUCUCGCGGGAUAAACCCACACCCUGUAAAACCUAAAGGCGGAUUUUAAAGUAAGAGAAGCGGAUAAAGAGGAGAAAAGAGGAGAAAACCUCUGUUUUUAUUCGGAGUGGAGAAGCGCGUCGUUUCGGCCGCGGCUCGUUCCCGACAGCAGCGCCGGUGAAGAUGCGCGCGCGCGUCUCUCUGCUCGCGCUGCUCUGCCUGCUGCACGCGGGGCGCGCGCACACGUUCUCCGCGCUCACGUUUUUACGGGUGGAUCAGGAUAAGGAAUGUAACAUGGACUGUUCCGGAGCUCCUCGGAAGCCCCUGUGUGCAUCAGACGGCCGGACCUUCUCCUCACGCUGCGAGUUCCAGCGCGCCAAGUGCCGAGACCCCCAGCUGGAGGUCAUCCGAGGGCCGUGCAAAGAUACAUCCAGAUGUGUGGCUGAGAAAAAGUACACAGAACAGCAGGCCAAGAAACUCUUCCCACAAGUCUUUGUGCCUGUCUGCAACCCAGACGGCACCUACAGUGAGGUACAAUGCCACAGCUACACCGGCUACUGCUGGUGCGUGACACCCAAUGGCAAACCCAUCAGUGGCACAGCAGUAGCCAAUAAGAAGCCUCGGUGCCAGGGCUCAAAGCUUGAGAAGGCCACACCCAGAGAGCCUGGAAAAUCAGUUUCUAUGCAAAUCUUCUCCAUUCUAAAUGCAGAUGAGAAUGCUGGGUUAGUGGUGGCGUCGCAGCCUCCGACCGAUGAGGAAGAGUUCAUCUCACAGUACCCCACGCUGUGGACAGAGCAGGUCCGAAGCAGACAGAACAACAGAACCAGAACUCAGUCCUCGUCCUGCGAUCAGGAACAUCUAACGGCUCAGGAGGAGGCGAGGCAGCAUAAGAACGAGGCGGUGUUCGUGCCAGAGUGUGCCCAGGGUGGCCUCUAUAAACCAGUCCAGUGUCAUCCCUCUACAGGCUACUGCUGGUGUGUUCUAGUGGAUACGGGAAGGCCGAUACCUGGCACCUCAACCAGAUACGAGCAGCCAAAGUGUGACGGCAAUGCGAGAGCCCAUCCUAACAAAACCAAAAACCUGUACAGGAGCAGACAUCUGCAGGGAUGUCCUGGAGCCAAGAAGACGGAGUUUCUGACCAGUGUUUUGGAUGCGCUUUCUACAGACAUGGUGCACGCAGUCACGGAUCCAGCUGCUGCUGGCAGAAUGCCUGAGCCCGACCCCAACCACACUCUGGAGGAGAGGGUGGUACACUGGUACUUCAGUCAGCUGGACAAGAACUCGAGCGGCGACAUCGGCAAAAAAGAGAUCAAGCCCUUUAAGCGUUUGCUGCGCAAGAAGUCCAAGCCUAAGAAGUGCGUGAAGAAGUUUGUGGAGUACUGCGACAUCAGCAACGACAAAGCGCUGUCUCUGCUGGAGCUCAUGGGCUGCCUCGGGGUCACGAAGGAAGAGGGAGCGAAAACAAGUGAAGUCCUGACUACUAGUAAACUGAACACCUCGAAGAAGCAAGGCUGAUCCAGCAGCUGAGAUUAACCCGAGUUUCUGCUCCACCACGCGGCGACGGAGAAAACCCAUAGUAUUUGCACUUUGUACUUUAAAACGGAAACGAUAAACAAUGUAAAUUCACUUUUUUGUAGAAAAAGGAAGGUAUUUAAACAGACUGCUGAACAUGUGAAUGAUGUUAGUUAGCUUUUUUAUGUCCUUACACAACGUUAAUACUUUAACACAUACAAUGUAUGUGUCCUUCUUGAGUCUAAAAAAGGUAAAUGCGAUUUUUUCAGAGUUGUAAAAGUUGUCGUUUUGUGUCGUUUUGUGUUGUUCUGUUCUUUUGUUGUGUUUUUUGUUUGGACCUGAUGACAGAUCCGUUGGCUGGUUGUAAAGGAACGUAUUGGUCGACUCUUCCUCUGGUCAUGAACUGAUGGUUCUGAUGGUUCUGACUCUUCUAUCAUCAUCGAACGGCUUUAGAAUGGAGAUGCUUUGUGUUAAUUAGAGAUAAUAAAGACGUCUUUUAUACUUUUCUCUGUAUGUUUUGUACCUGUACACUGUAUAUAUCAAGACCUCUCUGUGAAAUGUUUGGAUAAAAGGAUUUUUGUGCUCGUAAUAAAAAAACUCUUCUAACUGAA